CAAGUCCCUCUCGACAUGGCUACUCGUCUAUGGUUACGCCAAGAGAAACCGGUGAAAACUGUCGGUACUCUGCGUUUAUGGCAACCACACUCUGUAGUCCUUGCUGAUCUCUCUCUCUCUUUCUGAUCUGAGAGUAGAGAUUGCGAUCCUCUCUGUUGUUGUGAGACUAUUCAUUUUAUUGUUGGUUUUGAUUACAAGAUACCUAAAUUGAACAUGGUGGAGUAAACGUGCUGCUACUCCUUGUUUUCAUUUUCUUUCCUAUAAUUCAAGGUACUUCACUACUUCUGAUGCUGUUGCUAUUUUUUUGUUUGUUGGGUUAUUUAUACACUCCAAAAUUCCACUUUCCUAUGUUUUGUGAUUAACAAUAGCUGCUAAUUACAUGAUAGAUUGUUAGAGUUCCAUUUAGGUGAAAGUUUUCCAUCACUGUGGAUGAAGAGAAUCCCACCAUUCAUAUGCCAUAAUGAACUUCCCUGUGUAAACUAUACUUCAACCCAUGAAUGAAUUACUAAAUUGUUUAAUUUCCUGAUAAUUUUAUACUUUAAGCGCUUAUCCUUGGCAGGGGAGGGGGGGGGGGGGGGUGGAGGACAAGAAAAAAUCCAAUGAGUUGUUAUUUCUUACACAAAAAUCAGUUAUCUGCACACUGUAUUCAGUAGAAGAGUGAAGCUUAAUGUGAUGCCUAGUACUACAGAUACUUUGGAGCAACAAAAUGAAGGUGGCCAGUGCAUUUCCCUUCGGAUUGGAGAUCCAGAAAGUACAUUGGUGGCAUCUAUCCAAGAAAUAUUAAAUGUUGUCCCACGCUUGUCCUCCAAUAUCUGUAUUUAUCGUGUUCCUGAGAAACUCCGGAAAAUAAAUGAAGAGGCAUACACACCUCAGUUGGUCUCCAUUGGCCCUUUUCACCAUGGCAAGGAAAACCUAAGAGCGAUGGAAACACAUAAAUGGCAGUAUCUGCAUUCAUUUAUAUAUCGAAAACCUGACAUAGCCUUGCCAGAAUAUGUCAAAACUAUGAAGCAGAUAGAAGAAAGAACACGCCAAUGUUAUUCAGAAAGCGUCAGUAUCAAUAGUGACGAAUUUGUAACAAUGAUGCUAGUUGAUGGAUGUUUCAUCCUCGAAUUUCUCCUCAGAAAUUUGCCACUUGAGCUGAGUCAUAGAGAAGAUCCUUUAUCUAGUACUGAUUGGUUGUCUAGUGCCAUAAAAUGUGACUUUAUAUUACUUGAAAAUCAGUUGCCCUUCUUUGUUCUUGAGCGUUUAUACAAAUUAAACCAAGGAGAUGGAUUACAUUCCCUCAUUAAAAUUAUUCGCUUUUCCUUUUCUCGUAUGGUGCCAGAAGAGGAACAAGUUUUGAGACAGAAUUCGAAAUGCUCCAAAGUAAAGCAGAUGCUUGCUUCUGUGUGUAAUUGCUGCUCCUCUUCAUCCUCAUGUGCAAUGCUGAGAGAGAAUGGAGAGACAGAUUCAGUCUCGACUGUCGAAAUGCCUGACCUAGUCUUCAGAACCUUCCAAGUAAAACAUUUGCUUGACUUUUUAAGGGACUGCUACAUCCCUUCAUUACCUAAGAUGUCUUUGGGAAAUGAGAAGGAGCUUGAAUUUCCCAAUAAUGUGACAACACUUCAUGAAGCAGGAGUCAAAUUUGAGGUGGUCACAGGCAAAUGCUUAUUGGACAUAAGUUUCAAAGAAGGAGUUUUGGCCAUCCCAUGUAUAAAUAUCCAAGAUUGGACAGAGUCUCUUCUGCGGAAUAUGAUUUGCUUUGAACAAUUACAUUGUGUUGCCCCUAGAUACAUCACAGAUUAUGCAAGCCUCUUGGAUAGCUUCAUUGACUCUUCCAAGGAUGUCAUACUGCUACGUGAGCAUGGUAUUAUCAAAAGCUUGUUAGGAGACCAUGAGCAGGUGUCUCUACUAUUCAACAAACUUGUCAAAGAGGGUUAUUUGGCAUUCAUGGAAGGCAAAUUUGAGACAUACUUAUUUCAACACGCCAUGGACAGUAAUUUCAGUUCUUGCAGCAGCUGUACUGCUUGUUCUUACAUUGUUACAGACCAUAUACACUAUCAAAUCUUCUCAUUGAAAUAUUUCUGUUGCUCUAAUCAAUUACUUGAGUAUUCAACAUUGGGGGUUUUGUUUUGGUACUGGAAUAAUUCGAUUUAUGGGAAGUGGUCGGUAACGUGAAGAAAUUGCAUGCAAGAUUCAACGUGUUCUUGAACAGCAUCAUCAAUGAAUAGAAGUCCUUUUGGCAGCAGGUGUGGCAAUGGGCUCCAAAACUUGGAUUUCUUAAAUAUCCUGAGUUCGGAUCAUCUGGAAUGCGCAUUGUAGGGAUUGCCUUGCAUCCAACAUUUAGAUAGGGAAAAAAUUCAUUGAAGUGGUGUUUUGAACUGAAGUGCUUUUUGUUUAUUUUGUUUAUUUUGUUUUAUAUAUAUAUAUAUAUAUAUGGAUGAACUUGAUAUUUUUGUAAUUUGCCCUCCCCUCCAGAAUGUAGAUUGUAUGCUGGAGAUGGUGGGUUGCAGAUCCUCUGGAAUUUUCAGUUCCUUGUUUAUUUGUGUAAGAAAUGGACAUUAAUUCCAUGAAUUUCUUGUUGGAGGAUUCAUCUAA